AUGUUACGCUUGACUACCCGCGCGCGGCGUGUCUCAGUCAGAAGAUUCAGCUCAGGAAAUCUUCCCACACUCUCCAGGCUCACGCCCGAAGCCGAUAAUCUCCUCGACAGGGUCCGCGUGCUCGCCACGCGCGGCCGCCUCAAAGAAGCUCUGUCACUCUUCUAUGCGAUCAUUGAAGCUGAUGAAAAACCACGGCCCCAUUGCCACCAAACGUACGCCACUCUCUUCCAUGAGUGCGCUCGCCACGGUCGCCUCCGAGAAGGCCUUUGUCUGCACCGCCACAUGGUGGCCCACAAUCCCAUGAACCGUCCUGACACGUUUGUCACUAAUCACCUCAUUAAUAUGUACUGUAAAUUUGGUCACUUGGAUUACGCGCACCAACUGUUUGACGAAAUGCCUCACAGAAACCUCGUCUCUUGGACCGCGCUCAUCUCGGGCUACGCGCAACGUGAGCACUCCUCAGAAUGCUUUCGGCUGUUUUCCGCAAUGUUGGCGGAAUGCCGCCCCAAUGAGUUCGCAUUUGCAAGUGUGCUGAGCUCGUGCCGCGAGGGUGAGGGGCGUUUCGGGAGGCAGGUACAUGCUCUCGCUCUGAAAAUGUGUUUGGACGCUUGUUUAUACGUUGCGAACACGCUUAUCAUGAUGUAUAACAAGUGUCAUGGUGGGAAUGAGGCUUGGAGCGUGUUUAAUAGCAUGGAAUACCGCAACACUGUAACGUGGAAUUCAAUGAUUGCAGCGUUUCAGUUUCAUGGACUUGGAGCUCGAGGUAUUGACCUUUUCAUCCAAAUGCAUCAUAUGGGGAUUAGUUUUGAUCGUGCCACGCUUCUCAGCGUCUUUACUUCCUUCUGCGAAAGCGCAGACAAAGAGAUGAAGGCGUGUUUUAGGUUUUGUCUUCAAUUGCACUGCCUCACGGUCAAAACUGGGUUUUUAUCCGAAGUCAAGGUGGCUACUGCUUUAAUGAAGGCUUAUUCAGAUCUUGGAGGGAAUGCUGUUGACUGCUAUAGGGUCUUCUUGGAGACAAGUUGCCAUCGGGAUAUCGUUUCAUGGACCAGCAUUAUGACGAUAUUCGCAGAGCGGGACCCAGAAAGAGCACUACUCCUCUUUUCCCAGUUGUGUCAAGAGGGUCUAGCACCAGACUGGUACACCUUCUCUAUUGUUUUAAAAGCUUGUGCAGGCCUUGUAACGGAGAGACAUGCUGCUGCAGUCCAUUCGCGAGUAAUUAAGUCGGGAUUUGAGGGUGACACUGUUCUCACGAAUUCCUUGAUCCAUGCCUAUGCUAGGUGUGCUUCCAUUUCUAUGUCUAAGAAAGUUUUUGAUGAGAUUGAAGAACGUGAUGUGGUUUCGUGGAAUUCCAUGCUCAAGGCUUACGCCCUGCAUGGAAGAGCAAGAGAGGCAUUACAUCUCUUUUCUGAAAUGAAUCUCGAGCCGGACUCCGCCACUUUAGUUGCUCUUCUCUGUGCUUGCAGCCAUGCUGGACUGGUAGAAGAUGGAAUUAAAAUAUUCGACUGCAUGCGUGAAAAUUAUGGUAUCGUCCCUCAAAUUGAUCACUACGCCUGCAUGGUUGACAUGUAUGGGCGAGCCGGGAAAAUUCACGAGGCUGAGAAACUUAUAGGUCAGAUGCCAAUGGAGCCAGAUUCCGUGGUGUGGAGUGCGCUUCUAGGAUCAUGUAAAAAGCAUGGGGAGACUGGCUUAGCUAAGUUAGCAUCAGAUAAGCUAAAGGAGUUGGAGCCUAGAAGUUCCUUGGGCUAUGUACAAAUGUCAAACAUAUAUUACUCUAGUGGAAAGUUUAAUGAGGCAGGUACAAUUUGGGAUGAAAUGAAAGAGUGUCGAGUUAGGAAGGAACCCGGAUUGAGUUGGAUUGAGAUCGGGAAUCGGGUUCAUGAGUUUGCCUCUGGAGGUUGCCGUCAUCCAGAUAGGGAGGUUAUAUGCAGCAAGCUUGACGGACUAAUACGGCAGUUAAAGGAGAUGGGUUAUGUGCCAGAGACAAGCUUGUCCUUGCAUGAUAUAGAGGAGGAACAAAAGGAGGAGAACUUGUAUCGUCACAGUGAGAAAUUAGCGUUGAUGUAUUUUAUAAUGAAUGAAGGCAGUUUGCAUCCUUGUGGGAGUGUCAUAAAAAUUAUAAAGAACAUCAGCAUUUGUGUAGAUUGCCAUAAUUUCAUGAAAUUGGCAUCAGAUCUACUUCAGAAGGAGAUAGUAGUAAGAGAUUCAAACCGCUUCCACCAUUUCAAUGACGGGAUCUGCUCUUGCAAUGAUUAUUGGUAGAAACUAGCACCAGGCUGCACUACCUGCUUGUUCAUAUCCGCACAAUUAUUCUUCACCACCUCCAAUAUGAGUGGACAGAUUAGCAAUCGAACUCCAGCACGAAUAAAAGGUUGAAUUAUUCAUUAAUCUGACAUGCAAAAGAUAGUACAAAUGAAACCUCCGGGAAAAGCAUUCAAGACCAAAGCUUUGGUCAAGCUAAUGCUAGUCAUGUUGAAGAAAAGCACAUUGCACAGAUUUUCAUUUCACUUUGCAUGAUUGGCUCAAGGAGACGUUAGCGAUUGAGAUUUGCGAAGCAUGGUUGGUUGAUCGUAGGUACGUAAGUGGCUUUGUAACAUUCUGCGAGUAACAACAUUGACAUGGUUUCCAUCUAGAUGAGGAUUCAUAUUCAGCAAAUGCCCCGAGCUAGCUAUCUUCAUACAAAAAAUCAACUAGUUACUCUGACAAUGGCAA